AUGACUGAUGAAGAAUGCUUCGGCGACCAAGUUUUAAUGCCCAAUUCUCAUAUAUUCGGCUGCUGUCCCAGUUGCCAAGCGCCUGGAGUGCCCGGCCCAGAAGAGGAGCAAUUGUGCAAGCCGCCAGCGAAUUGUUCACCGGACGGACUGUAUGCGCCUGUGCAAUGCAAAGGCGAUUUAUUCACCGGAAGAUGUUUCUGCUCGGACAAAUACGGGAACAGAAUAUUUGGACAAAUGUGGAGAAGCGAGGCGAGUGAAAUGACUUGCGCGUGCAGUCGCCGGAGGAACGAAAUAGAAGCGUCGGGAAGGAGUGCAGUUACCCUACAUUGUACUCCCUCCGGUGAUUACGAGACGCUACAGUGCGAUGAGGGGAUGUGUUGGUGCGUGCAGCCGAAAACCGGCCAGCCAACCGUACAGCCAGUGCUGCAGGAGGAUAUGAAGCACUUGCCUUGCUACAGCUCAGCAGUUAUUGGGGAACAAUACUUAAGAAAAUGCGAGAGUGUCGUCCAAGCAUUCAAUAUUAUUUACCAGGAGCAAUCAGAGCACGGUACAAAUUUUUUGGGAAAUCCAAUAACCUUUUGCGAUUAUGACGGCAGCUAUGGCCCAUACCAAAUUAAAAACGGCAUUGCUUACUGUACUGAUCGCCAAGGAGAAAUACUGGGCUCGUGGCAGACAACUUCCAGUGAAAUGGCUGGCAUGAAUUGUAAUUGUGCCAGGGACUCUAUGAUGUAUUUCCCGGAACGAGGAAUGACUGUAACCGAAGUCUGCCUGGCGAACGGCAACUACCAGCCAAACCAAAACGUGGGGGACGUGUAUUACUGUGUCGACACCGACGGAUACCCCAUAGAGCUGCUGACUGAAUGGCCAGCCGAUAUGUGCGCCAGCCAUGCUUAA